AUGGUUACUACUCUGAAGUUAUCCAAGGAUCUUAAUAGCAUAAGUCUUGCAGAACUUAUCAGCUCCCUCAGAAGUCAUAAAAUAGAGUUAGAAGAAGAUGAACCUCAAAAGAAAAGCAAAUUUGUUGCUCUAAAGUCUAUAUCAGAAAGAAGAAAGCCAGAAAGGAAUAAAGCCUUUCAAGAUGAAGAAGAAGAAGAUGAUGACUCUGAGAAUGAAGAUUAUGAUACUGAAGAAGAAUUAUCUCUUCUCUCCAGAAGAAUCAAUCAGCUAUGGAUAAAAAGACAAAACAACUUCAGAAGGCCCAGACAGAAGGGAGACCGUCCAGAUUCAACCUUCAGAGGUAGACCCAACAAGGAAGUAACGUGUUAUGAAUGCAAAGAGCCUGAACACUAUAGAAAUGAAUGUCCAAAGCUUAAGAAGGAUAGUUCUAAAAAGGAAAGCUUCAAGAAUAACUCAUUCAAAGUAAAGAAGAAAAGACUCAUGGAAACAUGGGACGACUCUGAAUCUGAAGCUUCAAAACCUGAUUCUGAAGACGAGCAAGCAAAUGUAGCAUUCAUUGCCACUACCUCUGGAAGUUUGAUCGAAAAAAUAAUGAAUACCACUGAACAACAAGUUGAAGCUUCACAACAAGUUGCAACCCCUGCUGAUGCUCCUUCAAUAACCUCCUAUCAAGAAUCCCAUGUUCUUGAUCGUCCUUCUCACAUCAAUCUUUCAACCCCCUUUGAAAAGCUUGAAGUUCUUUGUGAGCUGUUGGUAGAUUUUGACAACCUCAAAGAAAAUGGAAUGGAAUUAACACAAGAACUGAAGAAUCAAGGGUGGCUUACUUACUUCAAUCGACUCUAUGACCCCAUCUACAUAAACUUGGUCAAGGAAUUUUGGAGAUUCGCUGAUUGCGAAAAUCACUACAUUAUGUCUCAUGUUUUGUGA